UACGGGCCGGCCGGGAAUAUCUGCAGCGGGUACACGGCAACAUGUCAUCUCUUCUCUUCCGACUUGGGCGGUCCUUGUGGAAUUUGGUCAAGCAAAAAAUACUGCACCCAGCCACGAAGCCUCGACGCAAUCUUCCCGUCCUUCGCGGCGACUUCAGGAGGCCGGUGCUCAGCUGCCCCAGGUACAUCAUCUCCACGAUCUGCGAAUUCGCUCUCUUGAUCUGGUUGUUCGGGACGGCCUACUGCUACUUGACCUACGACUUGCCACGCGAGUUCGCCGUCUCGCUGACCCCCGCUACAGCCCGCAACGGCAGCGCGGGGGCUCCGGCCGCGGCGACGUCCGUCCCCCGGGCCUUCGACGUCGUCCUGCACGCCGGCAACCGCCGUGCCACGGAGAGGUGCUACAACCACGGGGAGGGGGCGGUGACGUACGGCGGCUUCACCGUUGCGUCGGGCCGCGCGCCCGACUUCUGCGUGCCGUGGAAGGGGGCGCGCGAGGUGCCGUUCAGGCUGGCGUGGGACUGGGACGACGGCGCUGGCCUGCCCGAGCACCUGCGUGGCCGCAUCGCGGCGGCCGAGAAGGUCGGCGCCGUGGAGUUCGAGGUCCAGGUGAGGCUCCUCCGGGGAGGCGACGCCCGCUCCGGCACGGGCACGCCGACGUGGAUGUGGUGCAAGGCGAGGAUCGGUGGAGCGCCUGGCGCCGUCGCGCCCUGGCCCUGCACCGUGUUCGCUCCGCAGAACUGGUUUUCGCCCUUGGCCUAG